AUGGUUGAUGACGCGGGAAAGAGACAUGGGAGCAUGGGAAUUUGCGGUCAAGACUGGUUUGUCACCGUCCACUGGCUUCCAAGAACCAUCAACGAGAAAAAUCUUCCCAAGCUCUCCGAGAUUCACAACGAAGGUCCUCAAUCUCAGUUGGCAUCCUCACUCAUCGGUACCGGUACUCAUGCGGUGAUCAAGGCGCCUCAGAGGACACUUCAAGUUGUGGACUCAAGUCCUAGAUCUCAUCGUGAUCAAUAUUGUCAGGAACCGGCUGACCCCAAGACUCAGGAUCCAUCAUACUCACGGGAUUGGCGAUAUCCUACCCUACUUGGUGCCGAUUUCGACUAUCAUUUCGCCUCCCCUCCCAAGGCGCGACUGGUAUCCGAAGGACCUGAAAAACUAGCGCGUAUACAUGCCUUCGCCGCCGGCUGGCUUCGAGACUACUAG